CCCGCCCCGCCCUCAGGCGGCCAUGGCGGCCCCGCCGCCGCUCCCGGGGGCUCCGGCCGAGCCCAACCCGUUCUCCUUCCACGAGUUCGUCCGCUCCAAGUCCCGCGGCGGUGACGGGGCGGGCGGUGACACACAGGGGGCUUGGCCCGGGCCCGUCGUGCCGCCGCUCCCCGCAGUGCCCGCAGAGUCGGGGGACGAGGAGGAGGAGGAGGAAUGGAGCGAGAGCUACCAGCCGCUGGCCGUGGAGGAGGCCCACCUCGUCAGUGGCGGCUCCUGCGCGGCGCCGCUCGGGGCCCCCCUGGGGCCGGGCUGUGUCCCCCUCCCGCAGCCGAGCUACGAGCAGCUAAAAGAAGAGAAUGCUAUUUUGAGAAGCAAGAUCAAUAAGCUUCAGAUUCUGUCCGAAACUCAAGCAGACAACAUGAGGAAGCUUGAGAAAAAGCUUGAGGAAAACAAAAUCAAAGAAGAAAAAGAAGCGCGGGAUUUGGAAGCGAUGGUGCAGCAUGUGGAGCAGAAUCUCCAGCUGAUGACUAAACGGGCUGUCAAAGCUGAGAACAGCACUGCCAAACUGAGACAGGAGAAUGCACUGCUCCAGGCUGAGCUGAGGAAUUCCAAGCUGGAGAGCGAGGCGCUGCGGGCGGGCCAGGCGGGACUGGCCGCGGCAAAGCAGAACGCGGAGGUGGCCCUGCAGCACCUGCUCCAGGUCACAGCCAGCUCCCGGGCAUCCAUCAGGCAGCUGCUCUCCGGAGCAGAAUCCCUGCAGCUCGUUGCUGAUCUCCUGAAAUCCAUAGACAGAAUCUCUGAGGUGUCAGAGGAUGGACAGUGAGUGACUCACACAACACGGAGUACUUUGUUUUCAUAUGGAACUAUUACUGAAAAGUGAAUUUUU